CGUGAUGUCACGUGACAGCCCGAUAGGACAGAACUUUGGAUUAUCUACAACACGUUCUCUGAAGACUGAGAAAAUAUGGCGAUAUCCAUUGUUCUAGGCUGCUUUGUUUUGAGUCUUGUUUUGGGGGCUGAUGCGGUGUGUAAUUUCGACGGAGUCUCGUACUCCAUUGGAGACACCAGGAUUGCAGACGACGGAUGCAAUUUGUGCACGUGCACAGCCACGGGGAUGGAGUGCACGAAGGGAGACUGUACAUUUCCACACAGAUGUGCCUAUCAUGGAAGAAUUUACUUCGAAGGCAGUCAUUUUAAUGCAUCGGAUGGUUGUAACCAUUGUUUGUGUACUCUGCACGGAAUCGCUUGUACAGAUAUGUUUUGUUUCGAUACUCAAACGAGCACACCUCCACCUGUUGGCAAACGGGAGCUUACUACUACUACAACUGUUCCUCAGACCGGGGGGUGUCAUUACAAUGGGAAGACAUACUGGGCGGGGCAGAGCUUCCGGGCGGUAGACGGGUGCAACACGUGCUACUGUUCAGCACAUGGUGGGGCCCUGUGUACAGAAAUGUUUUGCCAACCAAUGUUGUUAUGUCACUAUAAUGGAACUGAUCACAAACCUGGUACCAGUUACUCCUCCACUGAUGGUUGUAACACGUGCACCUGUACACAUGGCGGGUUAACUGCGUGCACGGAAAUGGCUUGUAUGAAAAGAAGAGGAUGUACCUAUAAUGGACGCCAUCAUGAAGCUGGAGUGACAUUUAGAAGUGUUGAUGGGUGCAACACGUGCACAUGCGCAGAGGAUGGAACUUACUCCUGUACAACAGAACCUUGUCUAUCAGAGAUCUGUAACUAUAACGGCAAGGAAUUCAAAGUGGGCGAGGCUUUCCAGGCUGAUGACGGGUGUAACAGGUGCUUCUGUACGGCAGGGGGCGUGGCAGCCUGCACGAAAAUGUACUGUCCCCCCUCCACUGCUGCAUCAAAGUCAUAAAAUAAAAUAGGUGCUAAAAUUCA